AUGCCAGGCUUCUCUUCCAACCACGUAGACACAGCGAAACACAUCGUCAAGGCGCCAAUUAAGCGCCGCCACAAUCACUCACCCAAGAACCUAGUAAAUGUACUUAGCAAAGUACUGCAAAACCAAAAGCCCCAGCCAGCCAGCGGCAACCGAAACAACAACAACAACAACACCAAAACUAAAAGGGUGUUCAGCUCCGCCCGCUUCUUCUUCUUCUCCCUCGGUACUGUGGAAUAUCUAAGAACCUCUUGGAUCUCUGCUGUUAUUCUCACCGCCAGUUUGGGAACCCCUCAUUUUCUCCCCCAUGGACAACUAAACUUUCGGGGGUGGGUUGGUUGUCACUUGUGCAUGCCGUUGAUUUUGACAAAUUGCCAGCUUCGAACUGCCAGCUUCGAACGCCACCAUCGAACUUCCACCAUCACAAAUAUACUUAUCUCCCAAGGACACGAGCACGAGGAGCAGCCCAAGCACGAGCACGAGCAACUCAAGCACCAUCGACAGAAACCACGACGCCACCUCAUGCAAAGCUUCAUCAGGGCGCGCCUUCGCUUAACUAAGAAUUACUACGGUAAAAGAGUAGAGAAACAAUCCCGAAACCUGAUCCUAUCCCUACUAGUAACAUCAGCAUCAAAUCACAUCAGCAUCGUGACACCACUGCAAUAA